AUGAACAUCGCAAGGAGAAGAGGCUUUUACAGACAGGAGGUGAACAAAACCCUCUGGGAGCUGCCCAGGAGAUACACGUCCCUCCACCCCGUGGGGUCCGGAGCCUACGGCUCAGUGUGCUCAGCCAUAGACAAGAAGACGGGGGAGAAAGUGGCUAUCAAGAAGCUCUGCCGCCCGUUCCAGUCGGAGAUCUUUGCCAAGAGGGCGUACAGAGAGCUCAUGCUGCUGAAGCACAUGCAACACGAGAACGUCAUUGGGCUGCUUGACGUCUUCACCUCCGCCCCCUCCUACCAGGGAUUCCAGGACUUCUACCUGGUGAUGCCAUACAUGCGGACAGACUUACAAAAGAUCAUGGGACAUGAAUUCAGUGACGAAAAGAUCCAGUACCUGGUCUACCAAAUGCUGAAAGGGCUGAAG